GGCCCCAUAGUCAAUCUCAACAAUAUUUUUUCAGAAUCAUUUUUAUUGACAUAUACACAUACAACAGAAAGACUAAACACAAAAAUGAGAAAAGUUGAUCUCUGCUUGAGCUCUGAAGGGUCCGAAGUGAUUUUAGCUACAUCCAGUGAUGACAAGCACCCACCUGAAAACAUAAUUGAUGGGAAUCCAGAAACAUUUUGCACCACCACAGGAAUGUUUCCCCAGGAGUUCAUUAUUUGUUUUCACAAACAUGUAAAGAUUGAAAGGCUUGUAAUUCAAUCUUACUUAGUGCAGACCCUGAGGAUUGAAAAGAGAACAUCUAAAGAGCCAACUGGUUUUGAGCUGUGGAUAGGGAAAGAUUUAAUGCACACAGAGGGACAACUUCAGAAUGAACAAGUUGUGGCCCGCGAUGGCUACGCCACUCACUUGAGGUUCAUUUUUGUAUCAGCCUUCGAUCAUUUUGCAUCUGUGCAUAACAUUUCUGCAGAGGGAAUAGUAGUCUCAACCCUUUCUUAAAAACUAUAAUGAAAU